AUGGAAUCAAAAAAGAGUGAUGAGGUGGCAAUUAGUAGUGAUGCCAAGGCCAAUUAUGAUGCCAAAGGAAAGGCUGUUGAAGGUGAUCCUCCUCCACCUCCUCCGCCUGUUGUAGUUACCACAAAAGCUACCAAAAUCCGGAAUAUCAGAGGAAAGAAAGGUCUGGCAAUUAUAGACAUCGUGCUGAGGCUCGGCGCAGGUUCAGCUGCUCUUGCUGCUGCUUACAUUGCAGGGAAUACCGAACAGAUUCUUCCCUUCUUCACACAGUUCUUCCAGUUCCAUGCUCAGUACAAUGAUCUUCCAACUUUCACGUUUUUUGUGGCUGCAAAUGCAGUGGCUGUUGGAUACAUAGCCUUCUCCUUGCCCUUCUCGAUAGUCUGCAUCGUUCGACCUCAUGCAAUAGGGCCAAGGCUACUACUUGUUUUCCUUGACACAGUUAUGGUUGCUCUAGUUGUGUCUGCAGCUGGCGCUUCUUCAGCAAUUGUAUACUUGGCUCAUAAUGGGAACUUGAACUCCAACUGGCUUGCUAUUUGCAUGCAAUAUAAUGACUUUUGCCAGGCGCUUAGUGGGGCUCUUGUGGCUUCGUUUGUCGCUGCAGUCUUUUUCAUAUUGCUGGUGGUGAAUUCUACUUUUGCUCUAAAAAGAAAAUGA